GCCGGGCCUGCGCCGGGGGGGAGGAGGCCGCGCCGAGCCGCCGCCAUGCCCAAGGUGGUGUCUCGCUCCGUCGUGUGCUCCGACACCCGCGACCGCGAGGAGUACGACGAUGGGGAGAAGCCGCUUCACGUUUACUACUGCCUGUGCGGGCAGAUGGUGCUGGUGCUGGACUGCCAGCUGGAGAAGCUGCCGAUGCGGCCGCGGGACCGCGCCCGGGUGAUGGACGCCGCCAAGCACGCCCAUAAGUUCUGCAACGCGGAGGAGGAGGAGAGCGUCUUCCUGCGCAGACCCGAAGGCAUAGAGCGGCAGUUCAGGAAGAAGUGUGGCAAGUGUGGACUGCUGCUUUUUUAUCAACACCAACAGAAAAAUGCUCCUGUGACGUUCAUUGUUGACGGUGCUGUGGUCAAAUUUGGCCAGGGUUUUGGGAAAACAAACAUAUAUACUCAGAAACAAGAACCUCCCAAAAAGGUGAUGAUGACCAAACGGACCAAAGACAUGGGCAAGUUCAGUUCUGUCACAGUCUCCACAAUUGAUGAAGAGGAGGAGGAGAUCGAAGCGAGGGAGAUUGCAGACUCCUAUGCACAGAAUGCAAAAGUGAUUGAGAAACAGCUGGAACGCAAAGGCAUGAGCAAAAGACGGCUACAGGAGCUGGCUGAGUUGGAAGCCAAGAAAGCCAAGAUGAAAGGAACCCUGAUUGAUAACCAGUUCAAGUGAAAUGCUGCACAUCUGAGUAUUCAGAGAGCAGAAAGCUACCAGGAGCUAUCACAGAUCUGUCAACAGAGCAGAAGUAACAGACAGUGUUCAAGGGCAAUGUGCUGCAUGCAACCAGCUUGGAGGAUGAGUAACUCUCUCUCCUAACAGAUACCCUGGUACCAAUUUUAAUAACUCCAGCGGCACUGGAGACUUUGCUGAAACUGCAGUUCUCUACAGAUGCAGUGUUAUGAGGAAGCUGCUCCAGCCAGAAUAUUUACUUUUGGGAAAAUCUUUACUGGGUGCCUUCUGAGUUCAAAUACCCACCUUUUUAUUUUGGUAGUUUUCAAAUGUGUAAGAUUUGCAUAAAUGUAUUAGAGCUAUAGGUCAACUGUACAACAAAGAAAUGGCUACAAAAGUAAGCUCUGUGCCUGGUGUUCGUUAUUUUAAAUGUGUCCAAAAUGUGGAGCAGCUGGAGAGAUGUGCCAUUCCCACCCAGUCUGAGGAGGCUGGGUGCCAGGCUGCUCACCCUGACCAGCAGGCAGGCUGUCAGAGGCCUGGCUGCAGCUCUAACCCUCAGCUCCUGUUGAACAUCAGAAAGCUGCAGCUUGACAGAAUUGCACUGUCCCAACAGAUAACUGCCUGGUACAAGAGAAUGAAAGCCAGCCCUGGUUUGAACUACAGAAACCAAAACCUGCCUGCCUGUUAUACAACUAAUGAGUACAGAUACACAGUUGGAAGCUACUGGUACAAUGGGCAGUCGUUUAAAGUAGAAUAUAACUGUGCAUGUGAACUAACCCAUUCUGCAAACCAGUGUCAGUACUUGGAGAUGUAAAAUGUGAAGGAGAAGGAAAAAUUGUUUUGAAUGCACUGACCACUAAGGACUUGGAUAAAGACAACAUUAAGAAUGGGAGUUUAAAGGACCUUGUUUAGGAAAUAAUAUUUUGUGUCUCUUGCGUGAGGCAGUAACAGUGCUCUGUAGCCCCUGUCUUUGUUGCUUUACUUGGGAUUAAAUACCAUGUUAUGGAUUUGAACUGAAA